AUGCAUCUUCCCCUAUUCUUCUCCCUUCUCUGCUUGCUCUUCUCUCAUUCAGUCUACGCCAAUGUUGAGAAAACCAUUUUCCUGGCCCCAUCAUCCGCUACAAUCCCCUCACUGGACCCAACCCUAGAUGACCUCGGCCUGGAGAGACUAUCACCACUGAAUCCAGUCCUCAGGACGAAUCUCAACGCAUCCUUCCCAACCACAGAAGCACCCUUGGGAACGGAUUCGUGGUUUUUCCUCGAAAACCUCAACCCAGGCCAACGAUAUGAAGUGAGGAUAUGUUGGUUGGCGUCUCAACCAACUUCCUUUACGCUAUCAACUCACACCCUAGCAAACACAAUCGAAACAAACUCGCUCUUUACCCCUCUCACCAUCUUCUCCGCAGCCCGUCUCGCCUCUCUCGAGAAUCCCACUCGCCCAAACCCCAUCCCCCGAAACCCUCCCUCCCGAUUAAAAGACGCUUCAUCGGCAGACCCUGCACCAACAACCGACUCUGUCCUUUUCCUGCGCAUUCAAUCCGUGGCAGACUACUUUUCCGCUGACCCAGUCUUGAUGGAGACCGUCCCACCUGUCCUGGUAGACAUUAUUCUCGACCCGUUCCUAUUGAAUGUUUUUCCAAAGUCGUUGGUUCCUACGGCGUGUUGGGUGACAGUCGUGGCUGGGUUGGCGUUGGUGAUUGCUCGCUGGGUGUCUGCGGAGUUUGGAAGAGCCAUCAGUGCCGAAGCAAGCGCUGAUACGAAACGGGGGAGUAAGAAGGAGCGGUAG